AGUUGGAACACCCUCCCACCCUCCCUCUCCACAAUUUAUAAUUCAUAUCUCACAAACAAACCUAAGACAGAGGCAUGGCGCCAUUAUUGCAGAGCUCACAGCCAUGGGUGGAGAAAUAUCGACCAAAGCAAGUAAAAGAUGUAGCUCACCAAGAUGAGGUUGUUCGCGUACUCACUAACACUCUCGAGACCGCAAAUUGCCCGCACAUGCUUUUUUAUGGCCCACCUGGUACCGGAAAAACCACCACUGCCCUGGCCAUCGCCCACCAGCUCUACGGGCCUGAACUCUACAAGUCUAGGGUUCUGGAACUAAAUGCAAGUGAUGACCGUGGAAUCAAUGUUGUUCGUACUAAGAUAAAGGAUUUUGCUGCCGUGGCUGUAGGUUCUGGUCAGCGUCAAGGGGUUUACCCUUGUCCACCUUAUAAGAUUAUCAUCCUAGACGAGGCAGAUUCGAUGACUGAAGAUGCUCAGAAUGCCCUGAGGCGUACAAUGGAAACUUACUCCAAAGUUACUAGAUUCUUCUUCAUAUGUAAUUACAUUAGCAGGAUCAUAGAGCCACUUGCUUCAAGAUGUGCAAAAUUCAGGUUCAAGCAACUUCCAGAAGAAAUCAUGAGCAAUCGUAUAUUGCACAUUUGUAACGAAGAAGGCCUCACUGUGGACACAGAGGCUCUCUCAACCUUAAGCUCUGUCUCACAAGGUGAUCUUCGCCGGGCUAUCACAUAUUUGCAAGGAGCUGCUCGCCUAUUUGGAUCGUCAAUUUCAUCCAAAGACCUCAUAAGUGUGUCAGGGGCCAUUCCACGAGAGGUUACUGAGGCAAUUUAUGCAGCAUGCAAAAGUGGUGACUUUGAUUUGGCCAACAAGGAAGUAAAUUAUGUAAUUGCAGAAGGAUAUCCAGUCUCUCAGAUGCUUGCUCAGUUAUUUGAGGUGGUGGUUGGAGUAGAUGACAUAUCAGAUGAGCAAAAGGCUCGCAUAUGCAAGAGUUUGGCUACAGCUGAUAAGUGUCUUGUUGAUGGUGCAGAUGAGUAUUUGCAGCUGCUGGAUGUGGUUAGCAACACAAUGCGAGCGCUUUGCAACAUGCCACAAGAAUUCUCUUAUGAUAUUUAGCUAGCAUUCAAGCUUGGAUUGAGAUGCAGCACAUGGAGAUCAUGUAUGGUAUAAUGCUCCACUUUUGGAAACUGUUCUGUAAAAGAACUUACAGAAGAGUUACCUACAAAAUAUUUAUGCAUGUGCUUUUCAAUCGUUUUCUUCCUCCUAGUGGGAUCGGUGGCUACUUAGAAUACUUUCAUGUAUUUGAAGCCUAAUUGAUUGAAAGAUUGAAACAAGUGGUUGCCAAUUUUCUCUC